ACGGAGGCUGAGGAAAGCUACAUGAACCAGGAGAUCAAGAUGCAGGCGGCAGCCUUCAAAGACAAGAAACGGGGGUCCCCAGCCAAUAAAGAAGGUGCAGAUGACCCUGCCUAUGAGAAUAUCAUCUUCAAAACCCAGCACCAGCCAAAGGGCAGUCAUUCACCACCCAAGAAUAAGGCCCAGUCCAAGCCACCCUCUGACCCUGCCCAGGUCCCCCGUUGGUUGCCUAGAGCCAUGAUGAACCUGUAUGUUCUCCUCGCUGUGUCCUGCGUCGUCCUCUUAGUCUUGGUCCUGGUGAAGAAUUCUGAGAUGUCCCAGGAGCUGCUGGUCUUGAAAAGGGAGCUCCAGAAUGUCUCUCUUUCGGUGGGAGAGUGCCAGGAGGAGGGGAAGAAGCGCUGGAGCGGUGUCGAUCAGAGCAUCAAGGCGGCCAAGCAGGGCAUUGACACGGUCAAGAGCAAGGUCCAUGAAGGGAACCAGAAACUGAGGACGCUGGCGACAGUCUCAAACAUAAACGAAAUCAAGACUACAUUACAGGAAAUCCUCCAGAUGCUGAAGAUGCCAAAUCCAAAGCCCACACCUCAAUAAAAGAAAAGACAUCAGAGCCCUGGCUGCACCUCGGAGGACAAGAUAGCACCUCUCAGUGAAGAUGGAAAAUGGGGGCCCCAGCCUGGUCUGAUGCUGCGCUUCAUCCCACGUGUAGAAAAUCAUGUGUCUUGGUGAAUGUGUUGUGGAGUUGCGUGUGUGCAUGUGUGCUCGUGUGUCGGGGUAAGCACUUCAUGGAGGGUGGGUAUUUCAGUGUUUCCCACAGGAAGGUGUUACGGGUGAAUGUUGAAGGUGGGAGUCACAGCGAGUGUGGUGUGCACCCCUAUGUCACUGUACAUGUGAUGCACAUGUGUAUUGCAGCGUGCUGUGAGCGUAAUGCAUGUCACCGUGGGUGGCUGUGACACAGAAGUGUGUCACUUCUGUGACACAGAAGUGUGUCACUUCUGUGACACAGAAGUGUGUCACUGUGGGUGUGGGUGUUGGUGACACGUGUUGCACGUGCCCAUUUCAGCGUAAACACAUGUGUGUCCUGCGGGAUGUUGUGUGAUGGAGGCGUGAGGGGGUGGGGUGGGCACACCAUGGGAAUGUAUCACUGUAAUUGUGGGUAUGUGCCCUGUCACAACCACCUGUCACGCUGUGCUGGCCUGAACAGGUGUGUGUCAACACGAGUGUGCCUGAUUAUGCCGAGGGUGUUCAGAGCGUGGACCCGCAUGUGUCCAUUUGUUUCUGCACUGACAUUCCGUGAUUC